GUGUGUCUGUAAACAUGGCGGCCUCCAUGUCCCCCUCAGCUGCCGUCUAACUGCAAUCUCAACCUUAAACCUUUUCCACGUUUGCUGUUAUUAUUCUUAUUUUUGUUCGACAGCCCGGCCAGGCUUCGAGUUUGAGGCCCCAUGUGAGGAUGCGGAGCGGCGGCGGGGCGGCCGGAGCCACGCUGGCUGUCCUCCGCCUCCUCCGGCCCGGCGGCGGCGGCGGUUGGGCGGCUGCGGUGCGGACGCGGGUGGGGCCGCAAAGGCGCCCGUGCUCGUCGGGACCCCCGUGGAGGCUCCUGUUCUUCGGCUCGGAUCUCUUCGCUGUGGAGUCCCUCAAGGUCCUCGCGGGGGACAGGAUUGGUGCGGAUGGCGCAGUGUCGUCGUUGGAGGUGGUGACGCUGAGCGACGGCGUUCCCGUGGCCGACUUCGCCCGGCACGAAGGUCUCCGGCUGCACCGGUGGCCGCCGGGCGACCCGGACGGACGCUUCGACGUGGGCGUGGUGGUGUCUUUCGGCCGUUUGCUCCAGCGGCAACUCAUCGAGCAGUUCCCGUGUGGCAUCCUGAACGUCCAUCCCAGCCUUCUUCCUCGUUGGCGCGGUCCCGCGCCCAUCUUCCACACCAUCCUCAACGGCGACGCCGUGACGGGCGUGACCAUCAUGCAGAUGCGACCUCACAGGUUCGACACGGGUCCCAUCCUGAACCAGGUUCUCCACCGGGUCCCCGAGAGCGGCACGGCCGACGAGCUCACCGACGUCCUCGCCGCUAAAGGAGCUCGCCUGCAGCUCCUGGACACGUUACGGACCUUGCCUCAGAAGAUGGCCGACAAGCGGGAGCAGAGCCGGACCGGCGUCACUUUCGCCCCGAAGAUCGGCGUCUCCGCGAGCCGGCUGGUGUGGGAGGAGCAGACGUGCGAGCAGAUCGACCGCCUCUACCGAGCCGUCGGGUCGAAGAUCCCCCUGAGGACCACGUGGAUGGGGGCCACCAUCAAGCUGCUGGACUUUGCGGGGAGGUGCCACAUCUCGUUGGCAGGCGAGUCGGCUUCCCGCCCGCGCGUGCGUCACGUUCGCCGUCGUCGGGACAUCGACGUUUCUUUUGUCUUUUCAGACGAGCGCGGGGCGCGGCCGCCGCCGGGCUCGGUGACCUUUCGCAAGGAGUCCGACACGCUGGCCGUCCGCUGCAAGGACGGCUGGGUGGGUUUCAAGGCGGUGGUCCUGAGGAAGCGUAUGACGGCGGCCGACUUUUACAACGGCUACUUGCAUCGGACGAUGAGUCCGCACGCCGCCGCCGCCGCCUUUGACAGCCCGCCAGGGGGAGGGACCGGCCCGACUAGCGAGACGCUUCGCGACCCCGCCCACAAAAACACGACGGGUGUUUCCUGAAGAACGGGGAACGUCUGCAAUAUUUUGGACUUUGUUUCAGAGUCGCAAUAAACAAUGUACUCAACACACGGCUGUUCUCAUGACGUCCGUCGCCGUGGCGACACAUCACGUCACACGUUUGAAUCGUACGCUAACGUCGUAAUGUAAUAAAGAGUUCGGCACGUGUAGACAGUCCAAUUCAAUUACCGUUUCCCAGCGGUCCUGAACGCAAUCUCGUCGGCGAACGACACGCCUGCGUUGGUUACCACGGCGACUGCCACAAAACAUCUGAUCAAACGUGUGACAGUGUGAUGCUCAGUCACGAUUUCCCUCAUUUAUGAAACGUUUACAUCAGCGGCGAUGGCGAGAGACCGUAAAUCACCAAAUCGAGAUCAAAUGUCACCUUGUGCAAAUAACGUUUUAUUACCUGAGUCGUGUUUAUUGAAGGAAACGGUUACUAUUAUUUCUGUUAGUUAGGAUGGCAACGAUUCAACCAA